GAGCAAUUAGCUAGCCUUUAUCGCAAAAAAAAAAGGUAGCCAGCACAAACUUAACUAGAAAGGGGAAUUAGUAGCUCCUACGAGUGUUAGCAAAGAUGCAGCAGAGAGAGGCGAGGAGGGGAGAUCAGGGCACAAGCCUAAGGCGCAGCGGCAAUCAGCGCCAGCCUAUGCGUGGUCAGGGAAAUACAACAAUGGUAGGUACUCCAAGGCGACAACCUUCAACCAUGGAAGAACAUACUACUACCAACCAAGGUCCCAAUCGUGGGAACAACACAAUAGGGGGAAAUGCUCCAUCCUGGGGUGGAGGUGGCCAUCAGAGCAACCCCCAAGCUCAAGUUCAUCACACCAUUAUAGCCCCAUCCCUCCAAACCAGCACAAUGGGGUUGAAUGCGCCAUCGUUGAGUGGAGGUGUGCGUUCUCUCAUCAUGCAGGGUCAUCAUACACACAUAGCAUCAACUCCUGAGAAUAACACAACAACCGAUGCAUCAACCGUUGGACCAGAAAACAGAGCUAUCCAUGUGCCCGAUGAAAAUCCGCGUGGCGAGUCAUGAAGAGUGACCGAUGAAGAAAGACACACGCAGGCACCGAUGUUGACCAUACAUGUAGUGCAAAUAAAUACAUAUAUGUGCUACGCGUGAACAAUGGUAUUUGUAUGUACUGCUCACAUGCACACAGUGAGCGUGGUAUGUCUGUAAUUUAUACUCCCUCCAUAAACUAAUAUAAACGCGUUUAGAACACUACUAACGCGCUUAUAUUAGUUUACAGAGGACUUGUAAGCAUUGUUUAUAUGUAAUUAUACCAUAUACUAUAAUGGUAAGCUGUGCAUGAAUGAUG